GGCUGAAAAUAGUGGCACAUUUGAAAGAACAUAGAAGAUAUCCUCCUUGUUUUUGCAAUUAUUCUGUUAAAUAUCUGUAAUUGUGACUGUCACGAGAAGUGUCAGUCGUAUAAAUAGAACAUUUCAUUAUCUGAAUUCCAUGCUUUGAGAAGGGGCAAAAAUGAGCUACUCAGAACUAAAAGGUCUUUACCACCUACGGGAGACCAUUGGUUCAGGUGGUUUUGCGAAGGUGAAACUUGCAUAUCAUUCCUUGACAGGAGAAAAGGUUGCUAUAAAGAUCAUGGAUAAAAGGUCUUUAGGGGAAGAUCUUCCUCGCGUAAAAACUGAGAUUGCAGCAAUGCAGGAUUUAUGUCAUCAACAUAUUUGUAAACUAUACCAGGUGAUAGAAACUACAGACAGAUUCUAUAUGGUUCUUGAGUAUUGUCCUGAGGGAGAAUUGUUUGACUAUAUUGUUGCUAAGGACAGACUUGGGGAGGAGGAGGCAAGGAUAUUCUUCCGUCAGAUUGUUUCCGCUGUGGCUUAUAUACAUAACCAGGGAUAUGCUCACAGAGAUCUGAAACCAGAGAACUUGUUACUGGAUGAGGAACAGAAUUUGAAACUAAUUGAUUUUGGUCUCUGUGCAAAGCCUAGAGGUGGUAUGGAGAAUCAUUUGUACACAUGUUGUGGCAGUCCUGCAUACGCAGCACCAGAACUUAUCUCAGGGAAGGAAUACCUUGGAGCAGAGGCUGAUAUAUGGAGUAUGGGAAUAUUGUUAUAUGCAUUGUUGUGUGGUUAUCUCCCCUUUGAUGAUGAGAAUAUACCACAGCUUUACAAGAAAAUACAGAGUGGUAAAUAUGACACUCCUUCCUGGCUGUCUGGUGAGAGUAAGGAGUUAAUAGCCACAAUGUUGCAAGUUGAUCCGAAACGUAGAGCUACAAUUAACCAGCUAGUUGAACAUCCAUGGUUAAUGAAAGGUGUAGAUAUACCUGUGGAAUGGAAUAGUAAAUUUAGGCGGAAAGUUGAUGAUGACUGUGUGACAGAACUGGCUGUGCAUUAUGGGAAAUCUAAACAAGAUAUGGAAGCAGACGUCCAACAGUGGAAGUUUGACUACCUGACAGCCACGUACUUCCUGUUACUGGAGAAGAAAUUGAAGGGACGACCUGUCAGACUUAUACAGCAACAGCAUAAACAGUCACAAGAUACACCUAGGCCCCGUAGUCAAAGUGCUGACUCGUGCAGAACUCCUACAGAGAAAUCAACAAAUGUUCACAGUCGAACCCAGGAAAAGUCUGCACCAAGGACUGAAAGACCAAAAUCUAAAGCUAGGGAAAGACUUGCCUUCUCAGAUAGUAAAAGCAGUAACAAAGAAAAUAAGGAGAACUUUCUUAUACCAGAGACUCCCAGUUACAAGAACAAAACACCGAGAGCAAGAAAUAAUAAUAAGAAUCUUAUAGAGCAAACAAACUUUGAAAAUAAAAAACCAAGAUCUCCUCUGAUGGCUAAACAGUUACCUGUGGCACUGGAUGAUACAUUAUGUACACCGGGAAAAACACACAAUGGUUCGAUGCUAAACAGUACACUGUCACCAUCACGGUCUUACGAUUCACAACUAAACAAUCUACAGAAGGAAACUCCUCUGAGUGCUUCAAAGAACCAAGUGCGUACUCACUCUAACAGGGCAACCUCAGUUGAUGACGAGUUAUACAAAGCUCACAUGGACACAACCCCGAGUAAGACGAGGAAAGGGUCGGUGUUUGGUAGUCUGGAGAAAGUUUUUAACAUGCUUACACCAAAGAAACAGAGAGGAUCUUCUUCAGAUGGUCCAAGGAAGGUCAAGGCUUUACAUAAUGUGUUCAGAACAAAUGAAACAAAUGCUGAUGUUGUUCUCGCCAGUUUAAAGGCUACUGUAGAAAAGAAAUUUAUUCCAUUUAAACAGAGCGAUUACACCCUUCGUUGUACUGUGAUGGAUGAUUGGGGGCGUGUCAAACUUGCCUUUGAUCUGGAAGUGUGUGCUAUUCCUAAGAUGACAUUUGUUGGCGUGUGUAGAAAGAGAGUUAAAGGGGAUACAUGGCAUUAUAAAAAACUUUGUGAAGAUAUUUUAUCCACUGCAAGAUUAAUGUGCUGAUGAUGAUGCCCAGUUUACAGCAAUAGUGCCCUAACUUACACAGAGUACUGUGAUAUAUCUAUAAAUGCAUACCUCACACUGAGAACGUUGAAUCCAGUACAGAAAAGACAACCAAACUCUUCCUACUGUGAUUUGUUACAAACUUGAUUUUUGUUGGAAAUAAUCAUAAUUGAGCUGCGCCAUGAGAAAACCAACAUAAUGGCUUUGCGACCAGCAUGGAUCCAGACCAGCCUGCGCAUCCGCGCAGUCUGGUCAGGAUCCAUGCUGUUCGCUAAUGGUUUCUCUAAUUGUAAUAGGCUUUGAAAGCGAACAGCAUGGAUCCUGACCAGAUGCGCAGAUGCGCAGGCUGGUCUGGAUCCAUGCUGGGCGCAAAGCCACUGUUGGUUUUCUCAUGACGCGGCUCAUAUAUAUAAGCUGCAACGUUAUGAAGCAUAACAUGUCUAACAAAUCUUGUCUGCAACAAGCAGUUUGUGUCAGUAAUUCCAGAUGUGUGUGUAUUUAACCAGAUAAAUGUAAAUGUUAAGUAGGCAAAAAAUUAUGAAUGUCAAAUGUAUGAAUUUUGCUUUUUAACUGUGUACAUAUUUUACAAUGUAUUUAUAGACAUUUUACUUAACGUUUUUCUCUUACUGUUUUAAUUGUCGAGAAGUUUUAUCGCUGUAAAAAGACUCAUUUUUGCAAUGAAAUAUAUGCAUGUGUAUCUUUGGAAAUUUUGGUAUCAUUUAAUAAACUUGUGUUUAUAUGGGUCUUCACGGCAAGGUUAUGAAUGUUGCUAACUUCCUACUACUUGUCCCGCCAUGCAAGCAUUAACAUUGUUAAAUUUUGUGUCGGGGGUGAAACCAGCCGACUAAUGCAAAGUUGGUAUCAAUCCGUGUCUCAUAAAGUACCAGUACACAUAGGUGCCAUAUAUGAUCUAAGCUGUUUGUGUGAUCAUAAGUCAAACAAAUUUUAUGGACCAUGAAGUAUCUUUUCUUACAUUCUCUCUGUUUUUCAUAACUUGCUUUUUCCUAUCUUCAGGAGGCUCAAACUUCUCUUUUUUCCUAUCUUAAACAACCUGUUUUUCAAAAACUGUUCAUUUCUUUUAGAACAACCCAAAUCAAGGUAAUUGGUAGCUGAUUAAGACUGUGAUAAGGUAUGUUUUAGCCAAUGGUUACUUGAAAUACUAUAUGUAAUAAUUACUGGUAUGAAAUUUUUUAAAGUUAGUAACUUUUUUAUUAGUUAAAUGCUCGUAUUUUAUCUUGCAUGUUGUAAAAUGUGAUAUAGUUGAAAUGUCUUUGUCUUACACUUGCAUCCAGUAAUUAAGAUUGCAAAGUUAUUGUGUUAUAUGUGGCCUGCCAAUGAUUUGCUGAUAAUUUGCUAAGAUUCUAAACCCGUACACUAUGUUACUGGUAGAUUUCUGUAGUCACUAUAAAUGCAUUCAAAUGUGAGAAAUUACAUAGAAAACUAAGCAAGAAAAUAUUCUAAUAUUUUUUUUUAUUGUAUUUUGUAGGGAAAACACCUUUUAUUUUGUGUUAUAACAUCUGAAUCCUGAGGGAUUCUGAAGAUGUUAUGACACAAAAUGAACAUGCGCUAAUGCUUUUCUAGCAUAAAAACUAAUAAAUAAACACAUUGUCCGUCAACGUCAUUAAAUUGGCAUGAAAUGCGCGGGAACGUCUCGAGUUGUUUUAUCGCUUUGCGUCAUUUCCUUUUGAAUAAUCAAUUUUGAGGCUGUAAUGCAUAUAAAAAGAUGUUUUAACAGCACUCGAGCGCGAGAAUCUCUCUGUUAACACAUGUUUUCUCUCCUGUUAAAACACCCCCAAAAAGUGACAAGAACAGCAAUUUUAUGCUAGAAUUCAAAUUAAUGAUUAUUUGUGAGUAAUAUAUGUAAGCUUGUGAUAUCAUUGUUAACUAACAAGCUCAAGGCUAUCAGCAGAUUUAUGAGAACUUUAGUAGUCCAGUUUUACUUUAAUCUUCAGGAAAUAAUAUUUUUGCAAUUUGUAUUUUUUUAUCAUUAAAAUUCACCAUUGUGAGCUUCUGGGUUUCCAUAAUUGCAUUUCGUAUUAAACUGCCUAGGUAUAUAUAGUUUGAUAUUACAUCUUCAGGAAAUGCCAUUUCUGCAAUCUGGUAAUUUUAUCAUUAAAAUUCACCAUUGUGAGCUUCUGAGUAUACAUAUUUGCAUUUCAUAUUAAACUGCCAAGACAUAAUUUUAGCAGUUUUGUGUUGUGUAUACAGCUUGUCUCAAAUGUAGAAUUGUAAAUACUAUUUUGUAUGUGCAGCUGACAUAAUGAUGCAUUAUGUAAAAUCAUGUCAUUGCCUUAUGAAUAUUAAUAAAAUGUAAAAAACGA